AAAUAUACAAUCACGCCAUCCAUCCAAGGAAGGGAAUAUUAUAUCGGCGGGAAGUGUAAGCUUCUGCUUCGCCAUCGUUUCGCACUUCACUGUACCAUUAAAAAUGGCUGACAUCAAACAUAACGACAACGACCACCGUCUGGAAGUGGCAGAGACACCGGCUCCUUCGUCGGAGAAUCCACAUGACAACAACAACAAAGGGAAGACGAAGAAGAAGCGUGUUGCUUCCGUCGAUGUCUUCAGAGGCCUUACGGUGGCGCUGAUGAUUUUAGUUGAUGAUGCUGGAGGAGAAUGGCCUAUGAUUGGUCAUGCUCCUUGGAAUGGUUGCAACCUUGCUGAUUUUGUGAUGCCAUUCUUUUUAUUCAUUGUGGGCAUAGCCAUUGCACUUGCUCUCAAGAGAAUACCAGAUAGAUGCAAUGCCACUAAAAAGGUGAUACUUAGGACUCUGAAACUCAUCUUUUGGGGUCUUUUAUUACAAGGUGGUUUCUCGCAUGCUCCUGACAAACUAUCAUAUGGUGUUGAUAUGAAACUUAUUAGGUGGUGUGGUAUUCUACAGAGAAUCGCACUUGCAUAUUUCAUUGUUGGAUUGUUGGAAAUUGCAACUCAAGGUGCACAACCUAAGGAACUGCCACCUGGUCGUUUAUCUAUAUACAAGUUGUACUUUUGGCAUUGGAUGCUAGGAGCUUGUGUUCUGAUUGUUUACAUGGCAGUUCUUUAUGGAACUUAUGUCCCAAGUUGGGAGUUCAAAGUCCAAAAUACAGAAAGUGCUGAUUAUGGAAAGAUUUUAACUGUAGCUUGUGAUGUGAGAGGAAAACUUGAUCCUCCAUGUAAUGCUGUGGGUUAUGUUGAUAGACAAGUGCUUGGAAUUAAUCAUAUGUAUCUGCAUCCUGCUUGGAAGAGAUCUAAGGCUUGCACUGAGAAAUCCCCUUAUGAGGGUCCUUUCAAGAAGGACGCUCCAUCAUGGUGUAGGGCACCUUUUGAACCUGAAGGAAUUUUAAGCUCUAUUUCUGCUAUUCUCUCUACAAUUAUUGGAGUGCACUUUGGGCAUGUACUCAUACAAAUGAAGGAUCAUUCAUCUAGGCUAAGACAUUGGAUUAUAAUGGGUGUUGGCCUUGUUGUUUUGGGAAUCAUUCUUCAUUUCACAGAUGCAAUUCCAUUAAAUAAACAAUUGUAUACUUUUAGCUAUGUUUGUGUAACAUCAGGGGCUGCAGCAUUGGUUUUCUCGUUCUUCUACAUUAUGGUUGAUAUCUUGAAAUUAAGAUAUUUAUUCCUGCCAUUGGAAUGGAUUGGAAAGAAUGCAAUGUUUGUUUAUGUUAUGGCAGCUGAAGGAAUCUUUGCAGGAUUCAUUAAUGGCUGGUACUAUGAUGAUCCCCAUAACACACUGACAUACUGGAUUCAAAAACACAUAUUCAUUGGAGUAUGGAAUUCAAGAAGAGUGGGAAUCCUACUUUAUGUUAUAUUUGCAGAGAUUCUGUUUUGGGCGAUUGUUUCAGGCAUUUUACAUUGGCUGGGAAUUUACUGGAAACUUUAGUUUAGGGUUAGUUCAUGUUCAUGUUCAUGUUUAUGUGGUGUAAGCAUUUAAUUUAAUGCAAAGGCUUUCUACUGAUCCAUGAAGAUGAGUGCAAGGUUUGUGAAUAUGAAUAUGGGUUAGUCUCUAAACACAUUGUUGGCUUUGUGUAAUGUUAAAAAAAAUGUGGUUUAGAUG